UUGACAAGUCGCCGAUGCUGCAGCAAAAAUAAAGGACGCGGCCACCACCGUCGCUGCCGAGCAGGGCUCGGGUCGCCGGAGCCGUGCCCCACCCCCGCCACUCCACUGCCGCGAACGAACUGAUGGCUGAAGAAUAAAUCAGUAUGGCAACUAUGGUUCCACCAGUGAAACUGAAAUGGCUCGAACACCUGAACAGCUCCUGGAUUACAGAGGACAGUGAAUCUAUUGCUACAAGGGAAGGAGUUGCUAUCCUGUAUUCUAAACUAGUCAGCAAUAAGGAAGUAGUCCCUUUGCCCCAACAAGUUCUGUGUCUCAAAGGACCACAGUUGCCAGACUUUGAGCGUGAGUCUCUUUCGAGUGAUGAACAGGACCAUUAUUUGGAUGCCCUUCUUAGCAGCCAGCUCGCGCUAGCAAAGAUGGUCUGUUCAGAUUCUCCGUUUGCUGGGGCACUUCGAAAACGACUGCUUGUACUCCAGCGUGUCUUCUAUGCACUUUCCAAUAAAUACCAUGACAAAGGCAAGGUGAAACAGCAGCAGCAUUCUCCGGAGAGCAGCUCUGGUUCAGCAGAUGUCCAUUCUGUUAGUGAACGUCCUCGGUCAAGCACUGAUGCACUUAUAGAAAUGGGUGUUCGAACUGGUCUAAGUUUAUUAUUUGCACUUCUGAGACAAAGUUGGAUGAUGCCUGUGUCGGGACCUGGCCUUAGUCUUUGCAAUGAUGUUAUUCAUACUGCAAUUGAAGUUGUGAGCUCUCUGCCACCAUUAUCUUUAGCAAAUGAAAGCAAGAUUCCUCCUAUGGGCUUGGACUGCUUAUCACAAGUAACAACAUUUCUUAAAGGAGUAACUAUUCCCAAUUCUGGGGCAGACACUUUAGGUCGUAGAUUAGCUUCUGAGUUGCUGCUGGGUUUAGCAGCUCAGCGAGGCUCAUUGCGGUAUCUUCUUGAAUGGAUAGAAAUGGCUUUGGGGGCUUCAGCAGUUGUAAAUACCAUGGAGCAAAACAAACUACUGUCAAGCCAGGAAGGAAUGAUCAGCUUUGACUGCUUCAUGACUAUAUUAAUGCAGAUGAGGCGUUCUUUGGGUUCAUCUGCUGAUCGGAGUCAGUGGAGAGAACCAACUAGAACAUCUGACGGCCUGUGCUCGCUCUAUGAGGCAGCAUUAUGUCUCUUUGAAGAGGUUUGUAGAAUGGCUUCUGAUUACUCAAGAACAUGUGCUAGCCCAGAUAGCAUUCAGACUGGAGAUGCUCCCAUUGUCUCUGAAACCUGUGAGGUUUAUGUUUGGGGAAGCAACAGCAGCCAUCAGUUGGUAGAAGGCACACAGGAGAAAAUACUGCAACCCAAACUAGCUCCUAGCUUUUCUGAUGCCCAGACCAUUGAAGCUGGACAAUACUGCACUUUUGUUAUUUCUACGGAUGGUUCUGUCAGAGCUUGUGGUAAAGGCAGCUAUGGGAGACUGGGCCUUGGAGAUUCUAAUAAUCAAUCUACUUUAAAAAAGUUAACCUUUGAGCCUCACAGGUCCAUUAAAAAGGUUUCAUCUUCUAAAGGCUCUGAUGGUCACACUUUAGCUUUUACCACAGAAGGAGAAGUCUUCAGCUGGGGAGAUGGUGACUAUGGGAAACUGGGACAUGGAAAUAGUUCAACACAGAAAUAUCCCAAGCUUAUUCAGGGGCCUCUUCAGGGAAAGGUAGUUGUUUGUGUAUCAGCUGGAUACAGGCACAGUGCUGCUGUCACAGAGGAUGGUGAAUUAUAUACAUGGGGUGAAGGAGACUUUGGAAGAUUAGGUCAUGGUGACAGUAAUAGCCGUAACAUUCCAACAUUAGUAAAAGACAUUAGCAACGUUGGAGAGGUUUCUUGUGGCAGUUCACAUACUAUUGCUUUAUCUAAAGAUGGAAGAACUGUAUGGUCUUUUGGAGGAGGAGAUAAUGGCAAACUUGGCCAUGGUGACACCAACAGAGUGUAUAAACCUAAAGUUAUUGAAGCUUUACAAGGAAUGUUCAUUCGCAAAGUUUGUGCUGGGAGCCAGUCUUCACUUGCUUUGACAUCAACAGGGCAGGUCUACGCUUGGGGCUGUGGGGCUUGUUUGGGUUGUGGUUCUUCAGAAGCCACUGCUUUGAGACCUAAGCUUAUUGAAGAACUGGCUGCCACACGAAUAGUCGAUAUUUCUAUUGGAGACAGUCAUUGUUUGGCUCUUUCUCAUGAUAAUGAAGUUUAUGCCUGGGGCAAUAACUCAAUGGGACAGUGUGGCCAAGGAAAUUCCACUGGUCCUAUUACUAAACCAAAGAAAGUGAGUGGCUUAGAUGGCAUAGCUAUUCAGCAGAUCUCAGCAGGAACAUCACAUAGUCUGGCAUGGACUGCUCUCCCUCGGGACAGGCAAGUUGUUGCAUGGCACCGACCUUACUGUGUAGAUCUUGAAGAGAGUACCUUUUCACACCUGCGUUCUUUUCUUGAGAGAUACUGUGAUAAAAUAAACAGUGAGAUUCCCCCACUGCCCUUCCCAUCAUCAAGGGAACAUCACAAUUUCCUCAAGCUGUGCCUGAAGCUGCUUUCAAAUCACCUUGCUCUCGCACUGGCGGGAGGGGUAGCUACCAGUAUUCUUGGGAGGCAGGCAGGUCCACUUCGAAAUCUGCUCUUCCGGCUGAUGGACUCAACUGUUCCUGACGAAAUCCAAGAGGUGGUAAUUGAAACUCUGUCAGUUGGAGCAACCAUGCUAUUACCUCCAUUACGAGAACGGAUGGAGUUACUUCAUUCUCUUUUACCCCAAGGACCUGAUAGAUGGGAAAGCUUAUCUAAAGGACAGAGAAUGCAGCUGGACAUCAUUCUGACAAGUUUGCAAGAUCAUACCCAUGUAGCCUCCCUACUUGGCUAUAGCUCGCCCUCUGAUGCUGCUGACCUCUCUUCUGUGUGUACUGGCUAUGGAAACGUGUCAGAUCAGCCUUAUGGCACUCAGAGCUGUCAUCCAGACACCCAUCUGGCUGAGAUUUUGAUGAAGACCCUCUUAAGAAAUUUAGGAUUUUAUACAGAUCAAGCAUUUGGAGAGCUAGAAAAGAAUAGUGAUAAAUUUCUACUUGGAACAUCAUCAUCAGAGAACAGUCAGCCUGCUCAUCUCCAUGAACUGCUGUGUUCACUACAGAAACAGCUGUUGGCAUUUUGCCAUAUUAAUAACAUUAGUGAGAACUCAAGCAGUGUGGCAUUGCUUCAUAAACAUCUUCAGCUCUUGUUGCCUCAUGCCACAGAUAUUUAUUCUCGUUCUGCAAAUUUGCUCAAGGAAAGUCCUUGGAAUGGCAGUGUUGGAGAAAAAUUAAGAGAUGUGAUAUAUGUCUCAGCAGCAGGCAGUAUGCUCUGCCAGAUUGUUAACUCACUACUGUUACUCCCAGUGUCAGUGGCUCGUCCCCUGUUGAGUUACCUCCUCGAUCUCUUGCCACCUCUUGAUUGCCUUAAUAGACUCCUGCCAGCUGCAGCUCUUUUAGAAGACCAAGAGUUACAGUGGCCUCUUCAUGAUAAAUGUAUGAGUUGCCUGUUAGAAGUAGCUCUUUCAGGAAAUGAAGAACAGAAGCCUUUUGAUUACAAAUUGCGGCCUGAAAUUGCUGUCUAUGUAGACUUGGCAUUGGGUUGUUCUAAAGAGCCUGCCCGCAGUCUUUGGAUCAACAUGCAGGAUUAUGCGGUUAGUAAAGAUUGGGACAGUGCAACUUUAAGUAAUGAGUCACUCUUGGACACUGUGUCUAGAUUUGUUCUUGCAGCACUUCUGAAACACACAAAUUUACUUAGUCAAGCAUGUGGAGAAAGCCGAUACCAACCUGGUAAAAGCUUAUCAGAAGUGUACCGUUGUGUAUACAAAGUUCGAAGCCGUUUACUUGCUUGCAAGAACCUUGAACUUAUUCAGACCAGGUCAUCAUCACGAGACAGAUGGAUCUCAGACAACCAAGAUUCUGCAGAUGUUGAUUCUCAGGAGCAUUCAUUUACCCGGACCAUUGAUGAAGAAGCUGAAAUGGAAGAACAGGCUGAGAGAGACCGGGAAGAGGGGCAUCCAGAGCCAGAGGAUGAGGAGGAAGAACGGGAACAUGAAGUGAUGACAGCUGGCAAAAUCUUUCAGUGUUUCCUCUCAGCCCGUGAAGUAGCUCGUAGCCGCGACCGAGAUAGAAUGAACAGUGAGGCAGGGUCUGGGGCUCGAGUUGAUGAUCCACCUCCUCAGUCUCAGCAAGAGCGAAGGGUCAGCACAGACCUACCUGAGGGUCAGGAUGUGUACACAGCUGCCUGCAACUCUGUGAUCCACCGUUGUGCCCUGUUAAUAUUAGGAGUGAGUCCUGUGAUCGAUGAACUCCAGAAGCGGAGGGAAGAAGGACAGUUGCAGCAGCCUUCUACAAGUGCCUCUGAAGGGGGUGGACUUAUGACCAGGAGUGAAAGCCUUACUGCAGAGAGCCGGCUAGUCCACGCAAGUCCAAAUUAUAGACUGAUCAAAUCGAGGAGUGAAUCUGACUUGUCUCAGCCUGAAUCAGAUGAAGAGGGUUACACACUGAGUGGCAGACGAAAUGUUGAUUUGGAUUUGGCAUCAUCUCAUAAAAAGAGAGGUCCUAUGCAUAGUCAAUUGGAAUCCCUGAGUGACUCUUGGGUCCACCUGAAACAUAGCAGAGACUGGUUAUACAACUCUUCUUACUCCUUUGAGUCUGAUUUUGACCUCACCCAGUCUUUGGGAGUUCACACUUUGAUUGAAAAUGUUGUAAGCUUUGUGAGUGGAGAUGUGGGGAAUACUCCAGGCUUUAAAGAGCCCGAGGAAAGUAUGUCUACAAGUCCCCAGGCUUCCAUCAUUGCAAUGGAACAGCAGCAGUUAAGAGCAGAACUUCGUUUGGAGGCACUUCACCAGAUCCUGGUUCUGUUGUCUGGGAUGGAGGAAAAAGGUAGCCUCUCCUUGGCAGGAAGCAGAUCUAGUUCCGGCUUUCAUUCGUCCACCUUGCUCACAUCUGUGAGACUGCAGUUCCUAGCGGGAUGUUUUGGUUUAGGCACUGUUGGACACUUAGGAACCAAAGGAGAGAGUGGCCGGUUGCAUCACUAUCAGGAUGGGAUCAGAGCAGCUAAGAGAAGCAUUCAGAUUGAAAUCCAAGUGGCUGUGCACAAGAUUUACCAACAGUUGUCUGCUACUCUGGAGAGAGCCCUGCAAGCAAAUAAACAUCACAUUGAAGCCCAGCAACGUCUCCUUUUGGUUACGGUUUUUGCCCUGAGUGUUCAUUAUCAACCAGUGGAUGUUUCUUUGGCAAUUUCCACUGGUCUUCUAAAUGUCCUGUCACAGUUAUGUGGCACAGACACUAUGUUAGGACAGCCCUUGCAAUUGCUGCCAAAGACUGGCGUUUCCCAGCUGAGCACAGCAUUGAAAGUGGCCAGUACCAGGUUGCUGCAGAUUUUAGCUAUCACUACAGGGACUUAUGCUGAUAAACUGAGCCCCAAGGUAGUUCAAUCCUUGUUGGAUCUACUCUGUAGUCAGCUGAAGAACUUGUUAUCUCAAACUGGUGUACUACUUAUGGCCUCUUUUGGAGAAGGGGAAGGAGAAGAGGGCGAAGAAGAAGAAAAAAAAGUUGACUCUAGUGAAGAAACUGAGAAGAAAGACUUCAGAGCUGCUCUUAGGAAACAACAUGCAGCCGAACUCCAUCUCGGGGAUUUUUUAGUUUUUCUUCGCAGAGUUGUGUCUUCAAAAGCAAUUCAAUCAAAAAUGGCUUCCCCAAAGUGGACAGAGGUGCUUCUAAAUAUAGCAUCUCAGAAGUGUUCCUCAGGUAUUCCUCUAGUUGGUAAUUUAAGAACAAGGCUCCUUGCACUUCAUGUCCUUGAAGCUGUGCUUCCGGCUUGUGAAUCUGGUGUGGAAGAUGACCAAAUGGCCCAGGUUGUGGAACGCUUAUUUUCCCUUCUAUCAGAUUGUAUGUGGGAGACUCCCAUUGCUCAGGCCAAACAUGCUAUUCAGAUAAAGGAAAAAGAACAAGAAAUAAAAUUACAGAAGCAAGGAGAGUUGGAGGAAGAAGAUGAGAACCUUCCUAUACAAGAAGUAUCUUUUGACCCAGAGAAAGCUCAGUGUUGCUUAGUGGAGAAUGGACAGGUUUUAACUCAUGGCAGUGGAGGAAAAGGAUAUGGAUUAGCAUCAACUGGAGUAACUUCUGGGUGCUAUCAGUGGAAGUUUUAUAUCGUGAAGGAAAACAGAGGUAAUGAAGGCACGUGUGUUGGAGUUUCUCGCUGGCCAGUCCAUGACUUUAACCACCGCACUACCUCGGAUAUGUGGCUCUACAGGGCCUACAGUGGCAACCUCUAUCACAAUGGAGAACAGACUCUGACACUAUCCAGCUUUACUCAAGGAGAUUUCAUUACUUGUGUGUUAGACAUGGAAGCCAGGACCAUUUCCUUUGGGAAAAAUGGAGAGGAACCCAAGUUAGCUUUUGAAGAUGUGGAUGCAGCAGAAUUGUACCCAUGUGUAAUGUUCUACAGCAGCAACCCAGGGGAAAAGGUGAAAAUUUGUGAAAUGCAGAUGCGUGGCACACCCCGGGACUUGCUUCCAGGAGAUCCCAUUUGUAGUCCAGUAGCAGCAGUGCUAGCUGAGGCCACUACUCAGCUUAUCCGUAUUCUUCACCGAACAGACCGUUGGACUUACAGCAUUAACAAAAAAAUGAUGGAAAGGCUACAUAAAAUUAAGAUAUGUAUUAAAGAGUCAGGUCAGAAGCUAAAGAAAAGCCGCUCGGUUCAGAGCCGAGAGGAAAAUGAAAUGAAAGAGGAGAAGGAGAACAAAGAGGAAGAGAAAGGUAAACAUAAUAGGCAUGGCCUUGCUGACCUGUCCGAGCCACAGCUGAGGACUCUUUGUACAGAGGUGUGGCCCGUGCUGGCAGUGAUAGGAGGAGUGGAUGCUGGUCUUAGAGUUGGAGGUCGGUGUGUUCACAAGCAAACUGGGCGCCAUGCCACGCUGCUGGGAGUGGUCAAAGAGGGCAGCACAUCUGCCAAAGUCCAAUGGGAUGAAGCAGAAAUUACCAUCAGCUUCCCAACUUUUUGGUCGCCUAGUGAUACUCCAUUGUAUAAUCUGGAACCCUGUGAACCACUGCCGUUUGAUGUGGCACGAUUCCGAGGCCUGACAGCUUCUGUGCUGCUGGACCUGACGUAUCUGACAGGCAUUCACGAAGACAUGGGGAAACAGAGUGCCAAGCGACAUGAAAAGAAACACCGACAUGAGUCUGAGGAAAAGGGAGACAGUGAGCAGAAGCCCGAGAGUGAAUCUGCCUUAGAUGUACGAACGGGCUUAGCAUCUGACGAUGUCAAAGGUCAGGGUGCCACAAGCUCCAAAUCAGAAAAUGAAAUAGCUUCAUUUUCGUUAGAGCCAACACUGCCAGGUGUGGAAUCCCAGCAUCCGAUCACAGAAGGAAAAAGAAAAAAUCAUGAACACAUGUCCAAAAAUCAUGACGUAGCCCAGUCAGAAAUCCGAGCAGUCCAGCUGUCCUAUCUCUACCUUGGUGCUAUGAAAUCACUUAGUGCUCUUCUUGGCUGUAGUAAAUAUGCUGAACUAUUGCUGAUACCAAAAGUUCUGACUGAAAAUGGCCACAACUCAGACUGUGCAAGCUCUCCAGUUGUUCACGAAGAUGUGGAGAUGCGUGCAGCCCUGCAGUUUCUGAUGCGACACAUGGUGAAGCGAGCAGUCAUGCGGUCGCCUAUAAAGAGAGCUUUAGGAUUGGCUGAUCUGGAACGGGCUCAAGCCAUGAUUUAUAAAUUAGUGGUCCAUGGCCUUUUGGAAGACCAGUUUGGGGGCAAAAUUAAGCAAGAGGUUGAUCAACAAGCUGAAGAAAGUGAUCAAGCCCAGCAGGCUCAGACUCCAGUUACCACUAGCCCAUCAGCCUCAAGCACAACUUCCUUUAUGAGCAGCUCCCUGGAGGACACCACAACUGCCACCACUCCAGUCACUGACACAGAAACAGUGCCUGCAUCUGAGUCCCCAGGAGUGAUGCCACUCAGUCUUCUCAGGCAAAUGUUCUCUAGUUACCCAACCACCACUGUACUUCCCACACGUCGGGCACAGACUCCUCCAAUAUCAUCAUUACCAACCUCUCCUUCUGAUGAAGUAGGACGAAGGCAAAGUCUAACUUCUCCUGAUUCCCAGUCAGCAAGGCCAGCUAACCGCACAGCCCUGUCAGACCCAAGCAGCAGACUUUCAACUUCUCCUCCUCCUCCAGCAAUAGCAGUCCCCUUGCUGGAAAUGGGGUUCUCUCUCCGGCAGAUUGCCAAAGCCAUGGAAGCCACAGGUGCUCGAGGAGAGGCGGAUGCCCAGAAUAUCACUGUCCUUGCCAUGUGGAUGAUAGAGCACCCCGGGCAUGAGGACGAGGAAGACCCCCAGCCGGGCAGCACAGCAGACGCCAGGCACGGUGCAGCAGUUCUGGGCAGUGGUGGGAAGUCAAAUGAUCCCUGUUACUUGCAGUCCCCAGGGGACAUACCGUCAGCUGAUGCUGCCGAGAUGGAGGAAGGCUUCACCGAAAGCCCUGAUAAUCUGGAUCAUACAGAGAAUGCAGCUUCUGGAAGUGGACCACCAACUAGAGGUCGUUCAGCAGUAACAAGAAGACACAAAUUUGAUUUAGCAGCUCGCACAUUGCUGGCAAGAGCAGCGGGGUUAUACCGCUCUGUGCAGGCUCACAGGAAUCAAAGUCGGAGAGAAGGAAUAUCUUUGCAGCAAGACCCAGGGGCGUUGUAUGACUUUAAUUUAGAUGAGGAAUUGGAAAUUGAUCUUGAUGAUGAAGCAAUGGAAGCUAUGUUUGGACAAGACCUGACCAGUGACAAUGAUAUUCUGGGAAUGUGGAUCCCAGAGGUACUGGAUUGGCCUACCUGGCGUGUUUGUGAGUCUGAAGACAGGGAAGAAGUGGUGGUGUGUGAAUUAUGUGAAUGCAGUGUCAUCAGCUUCAAUCAGCACAUGAAAAGAAAUCACCCAGGCUGCGGGCGCAGUGCAAACCGCCAAGGCUAUCGAAGCAAUGGCUCCUAUGUGGACGGCUGGUUCGGUGGUGAAUGUGGGAGUGGAAAUCCAUACUAUCUACUAUGUGGCAGCUGCAGGGAGAAGUACUUAGCUCUGAAGACUAAAUCUAAGACAACAAGUUCUGAAAGGUACAAGGGACAAGCUCCAGAUCUAAUUGGCAAGCAGGACAGUGUGUAUGAAGAAGACUGGGACAUGUUAGAUGUUGAUGAGGAUGAAAAGUUAACAGGUGAAGAAGAAUUUGAAUUGCUUGCUGGACCGCUUGGUUUAAAUGACCGGCGCAUUGUACCAGAACCAGUUCAGUUCCCUGACAGUGACCCACUGGGAGCAUCAGUAGCAAUGGUCACAGCCACCAACAGCAUGGAAGAGACUCUGAUGCAAAUAGGUUGCCACGGCUCUGUAGAAAAGAGUUCCUCAGGGAGAAUAACGUUAGGAGAGCAGGCAGCAGCCCUCGUAAACCCACAUGACCGGGUGGUAGCUCUCAGGAGAGUGACCGCUGCUGCGCAGGUCCUUCUGGCUAGAACCAUGGUCAUGAGAGCACUGUCUCUUCUCUCAGUCAGUGGUUCCAGUUGUAGCCUGGCUGCAGGUCUCGAGUCUCUGGGGCUAACAGAUAUUCGAACCCUGGUUCGAUUAAUGUGCUUGGCUGCAGCAGGGAGAGCUGGCCUCUCCACAAGCCCUUCUGCUACAACAAGCUUCUCAGAACGUUCACGUGGUGGUCACAGCAAGGCCAACAAGCCCAUCUCUUGCCUGGCCUAUCUGAGCACAGCAGUGGGAUGCCUGGCAUCAAACACUCCUAGUGCUGCAAAACUGCUGGUGCAGUUGUGUACGCAGAACUUGAUUUCUGCUGCAACAGGUGUAAAUCUAACCACGGUUGAUGAUCCAAUUCAGCGUAAGUUUCUACCCAGCUUUCUCCGAGGAAUUGCUGAAGAAAAUAAGCUCGUAACCUCCCCAAACUUUGUUGUAACUCAGGCCCUUGUGGCAUUACUAGCAGACAAAGGAGCCAAACUAAGACCUAACUAUGAUAAAUCAGAAGUUGAAAAGAAAGGCCCUCUGGAGCUGGCUAAUGCCCUGGCAGCCUGCUGCCUCUCCUCCAGGCUGUCCUCACAGCAUAGACAAUGGGCUGCUCAACAGCUUGUGCGCACUCUUGCCGCACAUGACCGAGACAACCAGACUGCUCCACAGACACUUGCUGACAUGGGAGGCGAUCUCAGAAAAUGCUCCUUUAUUAAGUUGGAGGCUCAUCAGAACAGAGUGAUGACAUGUGUUUGGUGUAAUAAGAAAGGUCUCUUGGCUACAAGUGGCAAUGAUGGCACCAUUCGGGUAUGGAAUGUUACCAAGAAGCAGUAUUCACUGCAGCAGACCUGUGUGUUCAACAGAUUGGAAGGGGAUGCUGAGGACAGCCUUGGGUCACCCAGCGAUCCAAGCUUUUCACCUGUUUCUUGGAGUAUCAGUGGAAAGUAUCUAGCGGGGGCUUUGGAAAAGAUGGUGAAUAUCUGGCAAGUUAAUGGAGGAAAAGGAUUAGUAGAUAUUCAGCCUCAUUGGGUAUCUGCCCUGGCUUGGCCAGAAGAGGGUCCAGCUGCAGCUUGGUCAGGAGAGUCUGCAGAAUUAUUGCUGGUGGGACGGAUGGAUGGAUCUCUAGGACUGAUUGAAGUUGUUGAUGUGUCCACCAUGCACCGUCAAGAACUGGAGCAUUGCUAUCGAAAGGAUGUGUCUGUUACUUGCAUUGCUUGGUUCAGUGAAGACAGACAAUUUGCAGUGGGGUAUUUUGAUGGAAAGUUGCUGCUGGGAACAAAGGAACCCCUUGAGAAAGGAGGCAUUGUUCUAAUUGAUGCUCAUAAGGAUACUCUUGUUGGUAUGAAAUGGGACCCAACAGGUCAUAUUCUUAUGACAUGUGCCAAAGAAGAAAAUGUGAAACUCUGGGGGCCUAUUUCGGGAUGCUGGCGCUGUCUGCACUCACUCUGUCAUCCGUCUAUUGUAAAUGGCAUCGCUUGGUGCAGCCUUCCAGGGAAAGGAUCCAAGUUGCAGUUACUAAUGGCUACUGGCUGUCAGAAUGGCUUAGUGUGUGUUUGGCGUAUCCCACAAGAUACCACACAGACCAGUGUGACUAGCUCCGAAGGAUGGUGGGACCAGGAGUCACAUUGCCGGGAUGGAUAUAGGAAAUUGGCAGGAGCCAAGUGUGUUUACCAGCUGCGGGGCCACAUCACUCCAGUUCGGACUGUUGCGUUUAGUUCUGACGGCCUGGCCUUGGUAUCUGGUGGACUUGGUGGGCUCAUGAACAUUUGGUCUUUAAGGGAUGGCUCAGUCUUGCAAACUGUUGUGAUAGGCUCUGGAGCUAUUCAGACCACAGUAUGGAUUCCAGAAGUUGGAGUAGCUGCUUGCUCAAAUAGAUCAAAGGAUGUUUUGGUUGUAAAUUGUACAGCAGAAUGGGCUGCUGGCAAUCAUGUUUUAGCAACCUGUAGAACAGCCCUGAAACAACAGGGUGUGCUGGGAUUGAACAUGGCCCCCUGCAUGAGAGCAUUUCUGGAGCGGCUACCCAUGAUGCUUCAGGAGCAGUACUCCUAUGAAAAGCCACAUGUGGUUUGUGGUGACCAGCUCGUUCACAGCCCCUAUAUGCAGUGUCUGGCUUCCCUUGCUGUGGGACUUCAUCUGGAUCAGCUGUUGUGUAGCCCUCCAGUGCCGCCACACCACCAGAACUGCCUCCCCGAUCCUGCGUUCUGGAAUCCAAAUGAGUGGGCCUGGUUAGAGUGUUUCUCCACGACCAUCAAGGCUGCUGAAGCCCUGACCAAUGGGGCCCAGUUUCCAGAGUCUUUCACAGUUCCAGAUCUGGAGCCUGUUCCAGAGGAUGAACUUGUAUUCCUAAUGGAUAACAGCAAAUGGAUCAAUGGCAUGGAUGAACAAAUCAUGUCUUGGGCAACUUCCAGACCUGAGGACUGGCACCUAGGAGGUAAAUGUGAUGUCUUCCUGUGGGGUGCUGGUAGGCAUGGACAGCUGGCAGAAGCUGGAAGAAAUGUAAUGGUGCCCGCUGCAGCUCCCUCAUUCUCACAGGCCCAACAGGUCAUUUGUGGUCAGAAUUGUACCUUUGUCAUCCAGGCCAAUGGCACAGUGUUGGCUUGUGGGGAAGGAAGUUAUGGCAGAUUAGGACAAGGAAAUUCAGAUGAUCUUCAUGUGCUGACAGUUAUUUCAGCCUUACAAGGCUUUGUGGUGACCCAGCUGGUGACUUCCUGUGGUUCUGAUGGGCACUCGAUGGCCCUGACGGAAAGUGGAGAAGUCUUUAGCUGGGGAGAUGGUGACUAUGGUAAACUUGGCCAUGGGAACAGUGACAGGCAGCGGCGGCCACGGCAGAUCGAGGCCUUACAAGGAGAAGAAGUGGUACAGAUGUCUUGUGGCUUUAAGCACUCAGCAGUAGUAACUUCAGAUGGCAAACUUUUUACCUUUGGGAAUGGUGACUAUGGACGCCUGGGUCUUGGAAACACUUCUAACAAAAAACUUCCAGAGAGAGUGACUGCCCUGGAAGGAUAUCAGAUUGGACAGGUGGCCUGUGGCUUAAACCACACUUUGGCGGUAUCAACAGAUGGCUCCAUGGUAUGGGCUUUUGGAGAUGGAGACUAUGGAAAACUAGGCUUAGGAAAUUCCACUGCGAAAUCCUCUCCUCAGAAAGUUGAUGUCCUUUGUGGAAUUGGAAUAAAAAAGGUUGCUUGUGGAACUCAGUUUUCGGUUGCUUUGACCAAGGAUGGUCACGUGUAUACUUUUGGUCAAGAUCGCUUGAUUGGCCUUCCUGAGGGGCGUGCCCGCAAUCACAAUCGGCCGCAGCAAGUCCCUGUCCUAGCUGGAGUGGUCAUUGAAGAUGUGGCAGUUGGAGCUGAGCACACACUUGCUUUAGCAUCAACUGGAGAUGUGUAUGCCUGGGGGAGCAAUUCAGAAGGGCAACUUGGCCUAGGCCACACCAAUCAUGUUCGAGAACCAACCCUGGUAACAGUUCUGCAAGGGAAGAACAUUCGGCAGAUCUCAGCCGGCCGUUGCCACAGCGCCGCAUGGACAGCGCCACCUGUCCCACCCAGAGCACCUGGUGUGUCAGUGCCCCUGCAGCUGGGCCUGCCUGAUGCGGUACCCCCCCAGUAUGGGGCACUGAGAGAGGUGAGCAUCCACACCGUGCGGGCCCGACUCCGCCUGCUCUACCACUUCUCCGACCUCAUGUACUCGUCCUGGAGGUUACUGAACCUCAGCCCCAACAACCAGAACAGCACAUCUCAUUAUAAUGCUGGGACAUGGGGCAUUGUGCAGGGACAGCUGCGGCCUUUGUUAGCUCCAAGAGUCUACACUCUGCCAAUGGUGCGCUCCAUAGGAAAAACCAUGGUUCAAGGCAAAAACUAUGGACCUCAAAUUACUGUAAAAAGAAUAUCAACCAGGGGACGGAAGUGUAAGCCCAUCUUUGUUCAGAUAGCAAGACAAGUGGUUAAGCUGAACGCAUCAGACCUCCGUCUGCCCUCCCGAGCGUGGAAGGUUAAGCUGGUCGGGGAGGGGGCUGAUGACGCUGGAGGAGUGUUUGAUGACACCAUCACAGAGAUGUGCCAGGAGCUUGAAACUGGUGUAGUUGACCUUCUCAUACCCUCUCCUAAUGCCACCGCAGAAGUGGGUUACAAUAGGGACCGAUUCCUUUUUAACCCCUCAGCCUGCCUUGAUGAACACUUGAUGCAGUUCAAGUUUCUGGGGAUUUUGAUGGGGGUUGCCAUUCGCACGAAGAAGCCUCUAGACCUCCACUUGGCCCCUCUGGUAUGGAAGCAGCUGUGCUGCGUCCCACUCACCCUGGAGGACCUGGAGGAGGUGGAUCUGCUCUACGUGCAGACCCUCAACAGCAUUCUUCAUAUUGAAGACAGUGGCAUUACAGAGGAGAGUUUCCAUGAGAUGAUUCCUCUUGAUUCUUUUGUUGGCCAGAGUGCUGAUGGCAAAAUGGUUCCCAUAAUCCCUGGUGGAAAUAGUAUCCCGCUUACAUUUUCCAAUAGGAAGGAGUAUGUGGAGAGGGCCAUUGAGUAUCGGCUCCACGAGAUGGAUCGGCAGGUGGCUGCAGUCCGAGAAGGGAUGUCCUGGAUUGUCCCCGUGCCACUGCUGUCCCUGCUCACCGCAAGGCAGCUGGAGCAAAUGGUGUGCGGGAUGCCCGAGAUCUCCGUGGAGGUCCUGAAGAAGGUGGUGCGGUACCGCGAGGUGGAUGAGCAGCACCAACUGGUGCAGUGGUUCUGGCGCACGCUGGAGGAGUUCUCCAAUGAGGAGCGGGUGCUCUUCAUGCGCUUCGUGUCCGGACGCUCCCGACUGCCGGCCAACACUGCCGAUAUUUCUCAGAGGUUUCAAAUCAUGAAAGUUGAUAGGCCUUACGACAGUCUGCCUACCUCACAGACCUGCUUCUUCCAGCUGCGGCUGCCCCCCUACUCCAGUCAGCUGGUCAUGGCCGAGCGCCUGCGCUACGCCAUCAACAACUGCCGCUCGAUCGACAUGGACAACUACAUGCUCUCGAGGAACGUGGACAACGCCGAGGGCUCCGACACCGACUACUGACCUCAGUGCUGCCGCCCUCCUCUUUCUUAGUAACGUUCACUUCGAUGUGAUGUUGAUAUACUUUUAUGGUAACUACAUAGAUGUUUUAGGAACAUAAACCGACAUGAUAAACAGUACUUUAGUUACUCUAAAGGUAACAAAGAAAUUAGAUGUUUUUAUUUUUCUGUGAUUGUACAAAAACAACAAAAGCAAAGUGCUUUCAGUCAGGUUUUUCCCUUCAUAUUUUUGGUCACUUUUGAUAAGUUUGCAUGGAACCAUUUUGGUGCAUUUUUAGUUGGGAAUGAUACAUUUUUGUAAACCCACCCAGUGAACACAGAAUUGUACAUUGUGUAUAAUUGUUCAUUAGAAAGGACAGUUUUACAUGAAUAUUCAUAUAUUUAUUUUGUUUUAAUUUGAAUUGCCUGUGCAGGGUUCCUUAUGCAGAGAAAUAAAGCAGAUUCAGGAGUCA